GGCGCAGGCGCGCGAGUGACGUCACGGCGAGCGUCCGGAGGCCCGGUGGUGCGGGAGUCCGGCGCUCGGGGCUGCGGGUACUGGAGAUUGUGCGGGGUCUCCGACGCCAUGUUCGGCUCCAGCCGCGGCGGCGUGCGUGGCGGGCAGGACCAGUUUAACUGGGAGGACGUGAAGACCGACAAGCAGAGGGAGAACUACCUAGGCAACUCGCUGAUGGCGCCAGUGGGCCGCUGGCAGAAGGGCCGCGACCUCACCUGGUACGCGAAGGACCGGGCGCCGUGUGCCGGCCCGAGCCGUGAGGAAGAGCUGGCGGCUGUGCGCGAGGCGGAGCGCGAGGCGCUGCUGGCCGCACUCGGUUACAAGAACGUGAGGAAACAGCCCACCGGCCUGAGCAAGGAGGACUUCGUGGAGAUCUGCAAACGGGAAGGAGGUGACCCUGAGGAGAAGGGCGUGGACCGGCUGCUGGGCCUGGGCAGUGCCAGUGGCUCCGCAGGCCGUGUGGCACUAUCCCGGGAAGACAAAGAGGCUGCCAAGCUUGGGCUGUCAGUGUUCACGCACCACCGCGUGGACAGCGAAGGCCCAAGCACAGCCCCAUCUGCUGCCAGGAAGAAGCCCCGUGCUGAGGACAAGGCCGAACUGGAUACAGAGAGCUCCAAGAAAAGCAAGAAAGAAAAGAAACACAAGAAGAAGAAACACAAGAAACACAAGAAGAAGAAAGACAAAGAAUACAAAAGGGAGACUGACAGCUGCCCAUCAUCUCCCUCCCCUGCUCGGCCCAGACACCAGAGACAUGAUUCUGACUUCUCCCCCUGCUCUAAGAGGAAGCGGGGACAUAGCCAGGACAGUGGAAGGAGCCCAUCCCGCAAACGACAAGACAGAGGCUUUGAUGACUGAGAAUGUGGCUAGACCAAAGGACACCAGAGCCCUGGUUGCCCUGAGCUGAGACCCUACUCACCACCAAGCAUUGUGGGGUCUAUAAAGAGUAGUCACUGGAUGCCAAGUGGCUACCAGCCCCCUCCCUACUUGCUCAAACUAACCAUCCCAUCCCUAUCUGGGAUAAUGCAGGUGGUAGGAUUCUGAACCAAGCUUGUUGGACCUUGGGAUCUAUCUCGCCAUUUGGAGGCAACUUAUGUGGCAACCACUCCAGGCAGCUGAGGAGUUGGGGUCCUAGGUGACCAGAGACUAGUGCUUCUGUGAAGGUAGUGCCCUUGUCUUGCCCCCAUGCCAAGGAAGAUAUAGUUGCCCAGAAGCCUACGGCCAGACUCCUGUUUCUGCUGCCACAGUACAGGCCCUUGAGGUUUAGGAGUGUGUGUGUAUGGAUAUCUAUCUGGUUACUUCUACUUUUUGUAUCAACCCACUUUGUACGUAAGUAAAUGUAUUUUAAAAGUAGAGUGUAUCAUCUCACUGAGGGCAGGUUAGGCUGGGAUCCUGUGGCCCCAGCAUGGGGCAUCCAUCCAGUAUACCUGAAGGCAGGGUCUAGGGACCAGGAUCCUAUCCUUGAGACUGCCUUAAGACCAUACAAAUGACCAAGGAGUUGGAAGAACACUUUUGUGGAUAUGAAUGCACCUGCUGUCUGCACAAGAGGUCCAGUCUGGUUCCUACCUAGGCAGAAGCAGUGGGUUCAGCAGACAAAUAAUAGCAAUUUUAGGGCCUGUAUGCACGCAUGGGCAGACAGUAGAAAUCAAGCCAGACUCUAUAUAGCAAGUUGUUUUCUUCUGAUUGUAAAACUGUAUCUGCUGGGUGGGUGUACUUCCUGAGACUCAAGCUGUGGCUUGUACAUUGACCUGUGCCCUUCAGGUGGCUUCCUAAGCAUGAGUGAAGAUUAGUUAUCUAAAACACCACCUCAAGGGAGUGAAGGUCUGUUCACUUAGGCAGGGGCCCACUCAGGACUUUGGAUCUCCUAGUGGUCACAUCCACCCAGAGACAUGUACAAUCCCAAGGCUGGCCACCUACUGAAAGGACAGGAGGCAUACCUCGGUUGUCACAAAAGCACCAAGGCUGGUAGGGACCCUGAGACGUGAGGGGAGCCAAGACACCCAGGUCUCACCGACUUCUACCAGGGCUUGGAGGGUACCUGUUUUCUCUCGAAUUAAAAGGGCUCUCUUAGGAGGCAGCCUGGCAGUGGUGACACUAACACACAAGCCCAUCAAAUAGUUAAGAGACUUUAUUCUAAUAGCUAUAAUUACAGUGCUUGUCGAAAUGAAAACUGAAAACAAGUAUACAAAACAGUUGAUUACUAAUUGUGUAUUGAAAGCAGUAAGAGGUUCCACGACACCAAAUAAACCAGUUCUGAGAUUUCCCCAAGAUAAA